AUGCCGAGGCGCGGCUAUCUAGUGAGCGGACCAGCCUCCGCCACCUAUUACCUGAAGAUAGCCGCCCACAGACCGGACACUUUAAACCUGGUGGUCCAUAACAUCGCUCAGCACCAAGCACGCUGCGGCGAAGAUCCAACGCGCUCUGGAUCUCCUACGAUUGUGGCUAAACAAGUAGAGAUUCGCCGCGAACCCGACCAAAACUCAGGCGAUCGCCUUCGGCCAAGGGUAGUAGGGAGAGCCAAGUGGGCGGCGUAUACGCUAGCCCACUCCUACCUACCUAUCCGCACCAAGCUCGAGCUUCAAACAUUUGCGCCCUCCCCUAACGUAGGCGGCACCGGCGAGGUACUACCAAGGAUAUAUAAUACCAAGGAGUGCAACCGCCAGAAACUGCGCGCCGUACAAAACACAACCUUACUGUGCGUAGUGGGGUCCCCGCGUCGCGUGAUUAACGCCACCAUAGCGCGGGAUCUGCGGAUAGAGUGCAUCGACAAGUUCGUCACGCGGCUCGCAAAGGGGAUGUUCGACCGAGGCGAGUCGAGCGUCGCUCCUCGGUUCUCACAAGUCGCGCGCUGUAGCCCUCAUAAAAGCCCGCCCCCGCAUCGCCCUGUAUUAGCAGAGCGCGAACCAGCACACCACCCGAAGGGGGCAUACGCCCCGAACGAGUUCAAACACCCCCCUCGCGAGGGAGGGUAUAGCAAAAUUAUCGAAGAAUACAGUGGUGGUGGUGCAACAGCCGACAACCCUGUAUAG